AGGGGGGAGAGGGCGGAGCUGGGCCGCAGAGGCCCCUCCCCGCGACAGUACCGCGGCGGGGCCUGUUAUUCGGCUCGCCGCUACGCCGCGACCCGCGCAGCGCCUGUGACUCGAGGAGUCGGCCCCCGCCUUCUCCCCUGCCUGGCCUAGAACCACCCCCAACCCCAGAGGCCGGAGACGUAGCUGGAGCGGCUGCCGCAUCCCGGCCCAGCCUCCCCCACCGUCCCUCCCCUCCCCGCUGGACAUCUGGACCUUGGGCCCCGCACCGACAGGGUUCCGGAAACCCUCCCCGCCCAGCUCGACUGCCGGGCCCCGCGCCGCCCUCUCUGCAGAGCCCCCAGCCCUCCUCCAGAACAGACUUCCGCCUACCCCUGGACGCCCCUUCCCCGUUCCCUCCCUCCCGCCCUCCCCCAGCCUGGAGCGGGGUAGGAGGGAGGGGGGGUGUGCGCCCUGCGCCGUCCCCGCCCCGCCCCCCGUGAUUCCCCCUGCAUGGCCGGCCCGGGUGGGGGGUACGGGGGGCCCCGGGCGCCAUGCGGGGGGGGCACAAGGGGGGUCGCUGUGCCUGUCCCCAUGUGAUCCGAAAAGUGCUGGCAAAAUGCGGCUGCUGCAUCGCCCGGGGGGGACGUGAAUCCUAUUCCAUUGCUGGCAGUGAGGGGAGUAUCUCAGCUUCAGCUGCCUCCGGUCUGGCUGCCCCCUCUGGUCCCAGCUCUGGCCUCAGCUCUGGCCCCUGUUCCCCGGGGCCCCCAGGGCCAGUCAGCGGCCUGAGAAGAUGGUUGGAUCACUCCAAACAUUGUCUCACUGUGGAAACUGAGGCAGAUGGUGGCCAGGCUGGACCAUAUGAGAACUGGAUGCUGGAACCAGCUCUAGGUACAGGAGAGGAGCUGCAAGAACUGACCCUGCUGACCACACUGUUGGAAGGCCCUGAAGAUAAGAUGAAGCCACCUGAGGAGGAGACUUUGUCCCAAGUCCCCAAGAGUGAGGAGGAACAGAAACAGAAGGCUCUGGAAAGGAGUAUGUAUGUCCUCAGUGAACUGGUAGAGACAGAGAAAAUGUAUGUGGACGACUUGGGGCAGAUUGUGGAGGGUUACAUGGCCACCAUGGCUGCCCAGGGGGUCCCUGAGAGUCUUCGAGGCCGUGACAGGAUUGUGUUUGGAAACAUCCAGCAAAUCUACGAGUGGCAUAGAGACUAUUUCUUAGGGGAGCUACAGCAUUGUUUGAAGGAUCCUGAUUGGCUGGCUCAGCUAUUCAUCAAACACGAGCGCCGGCUGCAUAUGUAUGUGGUAUACUGUCAGAAUAAGCCCAAAUCAGAGCAUGUGGUGUCAGAAUUUGGGGACAGCUAUUUUGAGGAGCUCCGGCAGCAGCUGGGGCACCGCCUGCAGCUCAAUGACCUCCUCAUCAAACCAGUGCAGAGGAUCAUGAAAUACCAACUGCUGCUCAAGGAUUUUCUCAAGUAUUACAGUAGAGCAGGGAUGGAUACUGCAGAGCUGGAGCGAGCUGUGGAAGUCAUGUGCUUCGUGCCCAGGCGCUGCAAUGACAUGAUGACGCUGGGGAGGCUGCGGGGGUUUGAGGGCAAACUGACUGCUCAGGGGAAGCUCUUGGGCCAGGACACAUUCUGGGUCACGGAGCCUGAAGCUGGGGGGCUUCUCUCUUCCCGGGGUCGAGAGCGGCGUGUCUUCCUCUUUGAGCAAAUUGUCAUCUUCAGUGAGGCCCUGGGAGGAGGAGUUCGAGGUGGAACACAGCCUGGAUAUGUGUACAAGAGCAGCAUCAAGGUGAGCUGCCUUGGACUGGAGGGGAACCUCCAAGGUGACCCUUGCCGCUUUGCUCUGACCUCCAGAGGGCCAGAGGGUGGGAUCCAGCGCUAUGUCCUGCAGACUGCAGACCCUGCAGUCAGUCAGGCCUGGAUCAAGCAAGUGGCUCAGAUCCUGGAAAGUCAGCGGGACUUCCUCAAUGCAUUGCAGUCACCCAUUGAGUACCAGAGACGUGAGAGCCAAACCAACAGCCUGGGGCGGCCAGGAGGGCCUGGGGUGGGAAGCCCUGGGAGAAUUCGGCCUGGAGACCGGGCCCAGGUCAGCACACGCACACCCAUCAAUGGCUCUCUCCCCUCCCUGCUGCUGUUACCCAAAGGGGAGGUGGCUAGAGCCCCCCUGCCCCUGGACACACAGACCCUCAGUGACAUCCCCCAGACUCCUCGUGACUCUCCUCCAGUUCCACCAAUUCCAAACACUCCUCCCUGCCAGGCCAGACUUGCCAAGCUGGAUGAAGAUGAGCUGUAACUGGUGAAGGCCAUGGGGGUGGCGCUGACUCAGCCACUCUCUUCCCCAAGGAACUUCAGGGCAAUCCUUCUGGCACCACCCCAGAAUUCCUCCCUCUAGGUGUGUCUGGAGGGUGGGCAAGGCUGGGAGUGGUGUCAACUUGGAGGAGGGUACCUAGACUCAAAAGGACUUCUUUCUGCUCCAGGAACACAGGUUCCUUCAGCUCCCACCCCUAUGCAUGCAUCACAGGUUCCCUCUGAAGGAGGAUACGUGGGUGGGUGGGAGGGCUGGGGCAAGGGCCAGAUAGAAAUUAUUGGUUUUGUUUUUCAUUUUGUUUUUUCUGUUUUCUGAGAAUAAAAGUUUUGUUAUAUCAA